AUGGGUGCUGCCUGUGGCAAAAACAAGGCAAAACAGCCCAAAAGGGCUGAUCCUAAGGAGCUGGAAGAAAAGGCUCGAAAAGAAGCCGAAGAAAAAGCAGCCGCUGAGGCGGCUGCUCGGGAAGCCGAGGAGCGUGCCAAGGCGGAGGCGGCAAGGGCCGAGGCCGAAGCAGCGGAAGCCAGAGCACGCGAGGAAGAGGCUAGGGCUAAAGCUGAGGCUGAAGCUGCUGCUGCAGCGGCAGCAGCCGCUGAAGCAGAGGAACAGGCUCGAAGGGCUGAAGAGGAAGCGCGUCGCCAAAGAGAGGAGGAAGAGAGAAGGGCCGAAGAAGAAAGGAGAGCUCAGGAGCAGGCCAGCGCGGCUGCGCCAGUCGAGCAGCCAGCAGCCGAGGAAGCUGCUGAGCAGCCUGAAGAAGCGGAACCCGCUGAAAAGGAGAAGCAGGUGCCCGCCGAAGACAUCGCGAGUGAAGCCACGAUGGAGACAUCCCGCCCCAUGCGUAAAGUGUCUGAGCCCGACUAUGGAUCCGCACAGAAAGGACGAAAAGCGCGCACUGUUACCCCUUGUGACAUGACAGCAGUGGAUGAGACGAGCAUGUAUGUCAGUAAGCGUUGUGGGUGCGACAUCGGAGCUGAGCACAACGAAAAUGCAUGCCCCAUUUGCCGCAGCAUAGAUCUCUCAGAUGCACCACUUCUGAACUAA